UGGCAUCGUUUAGAAAAACCCUGCGCUGGGAAAUGAGCUGCGGUGGCUGCCGGUGCGCACUUAUCCACUCGGAUCCCUCUGCGCCGUCACACAGCCGGUGAACCCACGAGCAAGGCGUGUAACAGUGGAUAUAUGAGAGAUCUGCGCGUAAUCCGGAGAAGACAGUUAUCUUGGAGGAGGGGUGACUAAUAAGAAAAGAAGGUCCUGUCCUGUGCACUUAUUAGGACCGGGGAAGAGACGGGACCUCUGCGCGGUGAGGAGUCCUCGCUCCGGUCGGUGCCGUGCAGCAGUGCGCAGCAGAAGAGCAGCCACAGACUCGGCAGACGCGCUGAAAGGACAGAGAGGAGGAAGGUGGCGGAUAUUUUACGCACACACGUCUGACACUGCGAGUCUCUUGCUCCUACUUUAGGACCUCAACACGGUCGGAUUUGCGCUUGACUGGGUCCCCACGUUGGAGGAUGGAUUCAUUCAUCAUAGCGGCUCUGGCACUGUGCUCGCUGACGGCACCAGCCCACGGAGACAAAGGCACCAGCAAAGCCCGGAGUUGUUCGGAUAUCAGGCAGUUUUACAGCGGGAAGGGUUUCUAUCUUGAGGGUGUCCCUCAGUCUGAAAUAUCAGGGGAGCACCUGCGCAUCUGUCCCCAGGGUUACACCUGCUGCACCAGUGACAUGGAGGAAAACCUGGCCACGCUGAGCCGCAGGGAGAUGGAGGGACUCCUCAAAGAUGCUGGACGAUCCUUACAGACCUCACUCAAUGGACAGUACAAGGUCUUUGAUGGUUACUUCUUGGAGUUGCUGAACCACUCUGCACUUAGUCUACAUGAGACUUUCACUGCAACGUGGGGUUUACUAUACAUCCAGAACUCCCAGGUCUUCUCUGAGCUGUACACGGAUCUGAGGCAGUACUAUCGAGGCUCCAACAUCAACCUGGAAGAGGUGCUCAACGAAUUCUGGGCCAGGCUGAUGGAGAAGCUCUUCUACCAGGCAAACAAGCAAUAUGUCAUUGGUGAGGACUACCUGGAGUGUGUUUCUAAGCAGAUAGAGACACUGCGGCCCUUUGGAGAAACCCCCCGGGUCAUGAAGAUGAUGGUCACACGCACAUUUGUGGCUGCGCGUUCCUUCGUUCAGGGACUGGUGGUCAGUGGGGAAGUGGUGCGCAGGGUGUCACAGGUGCAGUUGAGCCUGGAGUGCAUGCGGGCCAUGAUGAGGAUGACUUACUGUCCCCACUGCCGCGGCAUGGCCUCCGCCAGACCUUGUGCCAACUACUGCAGCAACGUCAUGAAGGGUUGUCUGGCCAACCAGGCUGACCUCAACACUGAGUGGAAGCAUCUGGCAGAAACCAUGAUGCAGGUGGCCGAUCGCUUUGAUGGUGCAUCUGGCGUGGAUAGCGUGGUCCUCUCCCUUCCCAAUCGCAUAUCAGAAGCCGUGCUUACAAUGAUGGAUAACAUGCAGACCAUCAACAACAAGUUGUUCCAGUCAUGUGGAAACCUCAGAGAGGGCGGAACCAGCAGCACAGGAGUCGAUGAAGCCACAAAGAGAGGGAGGGUCACAGUGGAGGACAGGGUGGAAGCCAGCUCCAACAAAAUAGACAAACUGGUGUCUGACGUAACUGUGAGGCUGAAGGACCUGCAGUCGUACUGGGUUUCUCUUCCAAGUCUGCUCUGCAGCGAUAGAGUGGCUACUGGAACAGGGGCCGAGGAGAAGUGUUGGAACGGGAUGAGCCGCGCCAGGUACCUUCCAGAGGUGAUGGGCGAUGGCCUAGCCAGUCAGAUCAACAACCCAGAAGUGGAAAUCGACAUCACCAAGCCAGACAUGACAAUACGUCAGCAGAUCAUGCAGCUGAAGAUCAUGACGCACCGCCUGAAGAACGCUCUCAACGGCCAGGAUGUGGACUUUCAGGACACCAGUGACGAUGUCAGUGGUUCAGGAAGCGGCAUGUGCACCGAAGAAAUGUGCUCCAGGGGCCCGCGUCUAAUCGACCCUGUCACCGAGCGGCCCAUACGCUACCCCUACCCUCCGGAAAACAAGAAGGUGAAAGCAUCGGCCAACAACAACCUCCCCUGCGUCGCCACUUACCUGAUUCCACUGCUCAUUUUGCUGCUGCGGCGAUAAUUGAGGGGGAAUCCACCGACUGGGACUGAGUAUGGGACACAGGGUUGGGGGAGGCUGAAAGGGGAGGGAGGAGAAGUUGGGGGUUAGUUACUUUGCCAAAACUAAGUAAAUAUGAGGAAACAACAACAACAACCACAAAAAAAUCACUUGGAUGGACAUUCUUUUGGUUCUGAAUUAGAACAAAGUGGAAUUGCGAGUAUUCAUAAAUGUUUUGAUUCUGCUCUCUUUUAUUUCUCGCUAUAUUAUGACGCCAUUAGAGCUGGUCUUUUUGCAUCUUCUGUUUUGUUUCUGGUGUUUGGGUUCUCUGAGAUUAUAUCUGUACCUAAGACAUGUGUAAAAACUAUAUUGCUAACAGUAUGUUGGUGUUGACACCACAGGGAGAGGGAGAACGGGGCUUUGCAGUGGUGCUCAGAUCCAUAUAUUUGUUACUUCACUCCCUUUAAAACCGCACUUGAGUUCAGAAUAAUUAUUUAUUUAUCAAUAACUCACAAUAAUAAAGCCUACGGAGAUUUAAUGACUGCAAAGUAUUUAAAGAAAAAAGAACACAAACCAGAAAGUUGGGUGAAAUUAAAUAUUUUUGACUUUUACAGGAGGAUAAUCUGGACAUUGUAGCCCACCAGACCUCUUAACGCAUUAAGCCUCAGAAUAUCUCGCAGCAAGGAUGAGAGCGCUCUGCAUCAGCACUUUCUGCCAUUUAAGCUGUAAUAAUAGCCGCGAUCACACUCACACUGACAUGAUCGUCUAAUCUAGGGGUAACAUGACCCGCCAUUCACCACUCCAUCCAUCCACUCAUCCCUUCCCUGCCCCGGCCCCCCGCUGAGGCAGAUCUCCCUCUCUCUCUCAGAAAAAAAAGAAAAACCCCUGCUGGCAGUGUAGGAUCAACUCGAGAGUCGAGUGUAAGCAAAACACGUGCUUGGUCGCGCCAGGUCUCAGAUGACAGCAGCUUCCCACUUUAGAGUGCUGUGUUGUGUGCUGAGCGGUGGGUGUCGGUGUGAGGUCGCAGCGAAUUGCGUCAGCUCGUGAUUUUGGAAAACGUGUAGCAUAAACAGAAAUAUACAGAAGCAGAAACACUGCUGUCAUGUAGCGCUUCUUUUUUUUUUUUUUUUUUUCCUUCCAGUAUUCCUUUUACAUGCACGGCAGAGUAAAAAUAUAAUAUGCAUAAUUUUGUGUGCUCCCUGCGAUUAGCAUCUAAAUUGAAACCAGCAGGGUCAUAAGUGGGUUUUUUUUGAGUUGCAGCAAUGAUCCAAGCCACAGCGUGCACGUCUGUGAAGCAAAUUUCUAUAGCAACCGCUGCAGUGUACAUAUUUUGAUUGCUUCUUUGUGGUUUUCUAGAGAAAAUAGCCAAGUAGGUAUCGAAAUGUUAUAACGGCCAGAUCAUGGUACGCUACAGCUCUUAUUUCUUUCAUCACCUGUCACAUUCGUAUCUGCCUUCUUUGUUCUGCAACUUUUUUUUUUUUUAUAUCAGUGCCUCUUUCUUCCCAGUCCCUCCUCACCCCCAGGUCCCCCUGCCCUCCCCCCUCCCCCGCUUGUCAGUUAUUAUGACCUUUAAAGCUUUCCUCGUGCUUCGACGUGAUGGCAAGGCAAUAUGACAAUGACACAGUGCUUCAUUACGUGUCAACCUUAGUGGGAAUGUUGUGGGGAACACAGUGUGAGGCUUUUUUCCUGAUGAGAGGCUCGCUGGAUUAGGAAACGCAUAACCACGUUUUGAUUCAAACAAAUGUCAACGCUCUCAUUUAAGAAUACUGUGUGCAGGAUGAUGGGACUAUGCUUGUAUAUGUGUUUGUGUGUGUGUGCGCACAUGUUUGUGUGUGAUUGUGUGUGAUUGUGUUUUGAUUGAUGGAGCAAAAGAGGGGACGGACAAUAUGAGCAUUUAUAAAUCUAGUUCGGAUGCCACAGAAAUGAAAUGUAUUAAAAUGUAUUGGGCCCACAUUGUAUUCUAGAGUGCUAUUCAACGGACAGCAACAGGAGAUUAAUCUUUCUCAUUUUACAAAAAUUGUAUUUUCAACCUACUACUGUAAUAACUCCCAAUCCGUAUUGAUCGUAUCUCUACUUGUCAGUAUUGUAUGGGACAGAGAAAUGAAACGGGGGGAGACGCAUACGAGCUGUUCCUUUUAAAGUACAUCGUUUCUUCAGUUGAACACGGGGACAUUCCUCUAUAAUUCAUUUAGUGAGUAAACCUAUACAAGAUCAACAGUUGGUAAUACUGCAGAUCCAGUUUGAGACUCUGUCAAAGUGUGAGCACGUCUGUCAGAUUCUUGGUUUAAUUACUGCUCUGAAAACAGGAGAGGUUGUUGUCAUAUGUGAAACAUGACAGGAUCUGUUGAUGGUGUUCUCUGUUUUUCAAAUGCUUUAUUAAUGAACGCUUUAUUGCUCUGCGCGGGUUUGUGUUUGUGUGUGUGUGUUUGUGUGUUAGUCCCUGGUUAAGAAAUCUGCCUGUGACUGCCUUUGACACUUUGUAUAAGGUUGGGGUCAAUUUUAAGAUAGAAAAAGACAAGAUGUAAUGACAUUAGAUACAAAUGUUAAACAAAGAACGAAUAGCAAGAGCGUCGUGCGGGUCGUCGUUUUCUUAGCAUGAAUGUGAACGUACACGAUGCGCCCUAUAAAGAAUGAGAAAUUACUCCAACUGUGAUGGCGACAUUCCAAUUCAACGACGACUUACGACCCAGACUUCAGUCUCAAUGACUCCCUCACGAUGUCAUCGGCUGAAAUUUGCACAACCCCUCCCCCACCCCCAUCACCACAACCACUCCCACCCCACACCCCUCCUCUAUUCCAUCACUUUUUUGAUCUCAUUAAUUUGUUGCUCAAAGUCCCCCUCCCUUUUAUAAAAACCAGCACUUUUAUGAGGCCAAUAAAUGGCAUUGUCAGCACAAAGACAUCACAGGAUGGUCGAUCAAUACGUGAGUCAACACCUUCCAGGAAUGACUAUUGAUUAGGGAUGUGUGUAUGCAGAUAGAUGUGGCCCAGCAAGACGUCUCCUCUCCAACUGUUCUGAAACAGUGUUAAAGCCCCUACAAGUGAGAGGAAGCAGGAGAGAGGUCUGUCCAGAGCGCUGAUAUCACAUCAGUGGGCGUGCGCCUCAAUCCUGACCUCAUUCAUUACUCUGGGUGGCAAAAAUGCAAAGCUGAUUAUCCGACCAUUUAAAACAGCUUUACUCUACACUGAGUGGAGUACGGGAGGUAUUUCUGAAAGGUGCCAAUUUAUUAAGAAAGAAAUUUUAAAUUUUCUUGUUUUUAUUUACUUAGGUUUUGUCUGUUAUCAGAAAUCUAUGGAGAGUUUGUGCUUAUGGUGGAAGUAGAUGCCAGAAAGAGGAUGAAAAAUACAAAUGUCUCAUUUGCUGUUGUACCUGAAAUCUUGUGUCAAUUAUAUACAUUGUAAGAUUUU